CGAUCACACGCCAGCCUGUUUGUCGUCCAUGCUGUUCUUGCACACGCUGUUUAGCAAGAGCUCAAGUACAGCGCCGCCCUGGGACUGCACUCUCCCCUCAUAACUCCUGGAGGAUUGGGAAAAGGUUGAAGGAAACAUGGUGAACCAAAGAGCUGAUGUAGGAUGGCAGUCCUCUAAGAGCGACUCCAGCGGGGUCAGUAACAGCGGAGAGAGCUCCAAAGAGAGCUCCAGGUGCUCGACCCCGGUACUGGACACCGACCGCACCGACCGGCUGCGGGACAAGAUGAAGCGGCGGAUCGAGUCUGGGGACCACUGGUUCUCCCUGGAGUUCUUCCCACCUCGCACAGCGUCUGGAGCCGUCAAUCUGAUCUCCAGAUUUGACCGAAUGGGUUCUGGAGGUCCGCUCUUCAUUGACGUCACUUGGCAUCCGGCUGGAGAUCCGGGCUCUGAUAAAGAAACGUCCUCUAUGAUAAUAGCAAGCACAGCGGUCAAUUACUGCGGCCUGGAGAGCGUCCUGCAUUUGACAUGCUGCAAUCAGACAAAGGAGAAAAUAACAGCCCAUUUAAAUAAAGCCAAGCGGCUCGGCCUCAAGAAUAUCAUGGCCCUGAGAGGAGAUCCUGUUGGGGAAGAUUGGGUGGAGGAAGAUGGCGGUUUCAACUAUGCUACAGAUCUAGUCAAGCACAUUCGCUGCGAAUUCGAUGACUACUUUGAUAUCUGUGUCGCAGGUUACCCGACGGGGCACCCAGAGGCAGAGAGCUAUGACGAUGACCUCAGGCACCUGAAGGAGAAGGUGGAUGCUGGUGCACACUUCAUCGUCACCCAGCUCUUCUUCAGGGCAGAGACCUUCCUCAGAUUCGUCAAAGACUGCCGGGCCAUUGGCAUCACCUGCCCCAUUCUCCCAGGAAUCUUCCCCAUCCAGGGCUAUCACUCUCUGCGUCAGCUGGUCAAACUCUCCAAACUGGAAGUGCCGGAGGAGAUCAUGCAGGUGAUUGAGCCCAUCAAGGAUAAUGACGCCGCCAUUCGCAGCUACGGCAUCCAUCAGGCGGUGGAGAUGUGUAAGGUCCUUCUGGCCAGCGGAGAGGUGCCAGGCCUGCACUUCUACACGCUCAACAGAGAGGUGGCCACCAUAGAAGUGCUCCGACAGCUGGGCUUAUGGGCCGAGGAUCCACGACGUCCCCUGCCCUGGGCCGUCAGCGCUCAUCCGAAGCGUAAGGUAGAAGACGUCAGGCCAAUCUUCUGGGCUUCCCGACCCAAAAGCUACAUCUACAGAACGCAAGACUGGGAUGAUUUCCCCAACGGAAGAUGGGGUAACUCCUCGUCUCCAGCCUUUGGCGAACUGACAGACUACUAUCUGUUCUACCUGAAGAGCAAGUCUCCCAAAGAGGCCCUCCUGCAGAUGUGGGGUGACGAACUCAUGAACGAGGGGAGUGUGUAUGAAGUCUUCACCAACUACAUCACUGGCCAAACCAACCCCAGUGGACACAAGGUCAUGUGUCUGCCGUGGAACGACGAUCCUCUGGCUCCGGAGACCAAUCUGCUGAAGGACGAGCUGGAGAAGGUGAACCGCAGGGGCGUUCUCACCAUUAACUCUCAGCCCAACAUUAACGGCAAACCCUCGUCCGACCCCAUCGUUGGCUGGGGUCCUGCGGGGGGAUACGUCUUUCAGAAGGCUUACCUGGAGUUUUUCACGUCCAGCGAAAAUGUCACUGCGCUUCUGCAGGUGCUGAAGAAGUAUGAGCCUCGCGUGAACUACCAUAUAGUCAACGUUCAGGGCAAGAAUAUUACGAAUGCCCAUGAAAUGCAGCCCAACGCUGUGACAUGGGGCAUAUUCCCAGGCAGAGAGAUCAUUCAGCCCACCGUCGUGGAUCCAGUCAGCUUUAUGUCCUGGAAGGACGAGGCGUUUGCGCUGUGGAUUGAACAGUGGGCGAAGCUGUACGAGGACGAGUCGCCCUCACGCAUGAUCAUUCAGUACAUCCACGACAACUACUUCCUGGUCAACCUGGUGGACAACGACUUCCCGCUGGACAGCUGCCUGUGGCAGGUGAUUGAAGACAUGUUCACGCUCCUGGACGCCCCUCCUGGAAGUCCGUCGUAGCCUCACACAGAGCUGCGCUGCUACUGAGACGUCUGGACGCACAUCCUGAAGACUUUACUGUGUCAGAGCUUAAUACGUCAUCACUGCUAAUGCAUAGGGAGACAUUAUACAAAUGUAGCACUUCAGAAGAUGAUUUGCCUUAAUCUUUAAAGGGAUUUAUGUUUGCAGUUUUGGGUGCCUUUUUCUUAUAUUUUUAUUCUACAUUUUUAACUAUUUAUAGACAGUAUUUUUGAUAUUGCGUGUUCAAUAUAUGUCAAACAUGUGGACACAAAAUACAGUAUAUAGCCACUGUAGAGAUGAAUCUUAACAUGUCACAUACAGUGUCAAACAGGUCUAUGCAAAAUCAAGAAAAUAAAAAAAGUUACAAUUUUGUUUAAAGGGCUAGUUCACCCAGAAAUGAAAACAUAACUCGUUUAUUCAUCCUUGUUUUUUUUUUUGUUUUUUUUUGAUGCAUUGAAAUUUUUAAGCUUCCAAAGUACAUUGUAGACAUUGUAGCAGACAAAAGGAGCAAUCCAAAUGUGCUGAAGAGACAUGAUCGCUUUAUUAUGAUGAACAGAUUUAAUUUACGACUAAUUUACAUUGAUCAAUGCACAUCAAAUAUGGUAAACGGAGGCCCAAACAUGCAUGUUUAAUGUGCAAAAACAUGUCUCACACAAAUACAUUUGCGCCUCUGCAUGAACCAAUGAGGUUCGUUCCUGCACGUUUCCAGCAAGUAUGGUGUAUGUGCUCCACGUAUGUGCGUUUCUCUAUGCUUACAUAUGAAUAAAAGCCUAAAUCAAGUCCACUCAUCAUAUUAAAAGAUGCAUAGUAAGAUGAAUUAAAAACGCUUGAUUCAUUAAGCUUAUUUUUCGCAAUAUGAAAAUAUGGUUUCACGUGUGUAGAGGGGCAAAAAUGCACAAGUUUUAUGGCGAGUAAACACUAAUGAUUCAUUUUUGGGUGAACUAUCCCUUUAAAGAUUUUAAAACAUUUCUCAUUUUCCUGACACUAAAGACAUGUUCACUCUAAAUUCACAUUGCCUGAAUGCAUCUGGAUGUUUUACUUUUGACGAUCAUUACUGUGGUUAAAAACAACUACGAUGACAGAGAAAUAAUUUCUCAUUUGAGUUCUGUAGAACGUCUCGUGUUACAGGAAUGAGAAUUGGGAGUGAACGUGUUUGUUUAGUUUGUCUAGUCAUGUGUGAAUGCUAGAGGAGUAUCUAGUUUGUGACGGUUGUGAUUUGUGAUUACUGUUGUAAUGUGGUGCCAUUAUGGAUGUAAACGUUGAUUUUUUUUUUUUUUUUUGAGUGGUUUGUUCAUUUUUGUUUUUGCUGGCAAUAUAAAGCUCAAUAAACAUAGGCUCCUCCGACUGUGCGAACAUG